UACCCAGCUUAUGCACACCGCAACGUUCUUUGGCUUAUUUGGCUUAUCCUUCGGAUACACUCUGGUCAAAGAUUACCCUGAUACUAAAUUAAGCGGAAGGAUAACGCUAACGAACGGUACAAGUAUCGCCAUCUCAUACAGUGGUGCAUCAGCUCUCUAUAGUGAGGAUGGGGAAUUUAAUGACGAACAGAAACCAUUUCUUUGCCUGUUUCCUGGUGAUGAAGGCUACCACGAACAUAUUGAGACUGAUUGCGUAGCAGCACGUUUUGAGAAAGGUCAGCCUUGUGAGGACACUAUAAUAUACGGAACAGGGAAAAGCCUUGAAGCGGCGGGUUAUUGUUGGAUGGCUGAUACAAUCAUGGCGUGUCCAAUAUCAGACCCAAUUGGAACAUUUGUGAAUAAACUCGAAGGUCAUGAAAAAGAAAUUGCAAGGUGUUUUUACAAAAAGUGGAAGACAGUCACAACGACGGCAAAGCCAGAACCUACUAAAGCACCACAGCCACCUCCCAUAGAACCGACGAAAAAACCAGAACCACCACCAGAGCCACCAGAAGAACCGGAAACUGAAGAACCAGAGGAACCUGAAGAGGAAACAGAAGAACCUGAUAUUACAACAACGAAAACGCCAAGAGUGGUGCCUAAAGGUCCUAAGAAACCUGAGGACACAAAAGAAGACGAUGACGAAAAGUUACUGGAAAAAGGCAAAGUCAUGUGGAAUGAGACAGCAAGGUUACUGACGAUCAUUGGCACAGCAGCAUCGGUGUUACUCUUUCUACAAGUUCUCGUCCUGGCCAUGUCCAUCAAGUUAAUCAAGCGACAAGCAUACAGAUAG